AUGUUUUCACAAUUGGCUACUCUCGAUCACACUGAUAUCUUUUCUGAUGUAGCCGGCACGGCACUUGAUGAUCUGUUGCGAGAAUCGAUUUUUGAUUCACCUCGUCACCACCACCAUCCCCACAGUCAACAGCAGUCUAUCCUGGCCCACCAUUCUCAGCAGUCCCACCAAUCCUAUCAUCAUCAAUUGAAUAAUCAUCAUUCACAUCAACCCCAUAGUUCUAUAGGAUCUUCCAAUAUUAACUCUAACACAGCGGUGACUAGCGACACUGCAAUGACGUCAGCUAGGCCACGAGGUAGACGAAGAAACAAUCAGAACAACCUAAUAUGUGUUGUUUGCAAAGAUCAGGCUUUUGGAAAACAUUAUGGUGUAAAUGCUUGUAAUGGAUGUAAAGGAUUUUUUAGGAGAAGUGUAUGGAAUAAUCGACAAUACAUGUGCCGCUUCGAUGGCCAAUGCUCAAUAGCCAAAGAACACCGAAACGUAUGUCGGGCAUGUCGUUUGAAACAAUGCUUUCUAUCGGGAAUGAAUCCUCGAGCUGUUCAGUCGGAAAGAGAAAGAACAGUGGCAAGUGAGGUUUCCGUUUUAGAUGACGAUCAGGACGAUAACGACGAAGAAGAUGACUUACCACCUUCAAGAAGCACUAUUGGUGUACAAACUGAUUUUGUCCCCGUUCAUAAGGCCGAGCCUCUUCCUAGUCCUGAAUGUGAUUUAGCUGGAAUAGCUCUGCAAUUGGUUAAUAUGCACCGAGAAGUUUGUAAUCGGCUAGACUUGACUGAAACUAAUCCGCAAUGUGAAACUACCUCAACUAUUACUUUCGUUACAGCAUUUUAUAAUCCGACUUUAAUAUCUGCGCGAACUCCCCUUUCAAUAACAGCUGAACGCGUUGCGACUAUGAAAGACGUACUCCAAGACUGGCGAAGAAAUUUCGUUCUUUUCGCUGAUUGGCUUCACGCCCUACCAGAAUUUAAUCAAUUGAAUAUACAUGAUCAAGUACAAAUAGCCCAAAACCGAUUUGGUCCUUUCUAUUGGUGGUUAUGUGCUAAUUGGUCUGUGGAAACAAAGUGUAACGGAGUUUGUUAUGCAAACGGAACUUAUUUUCCGUCAGAUGAAAGACUUCAAUGUGUUGCUGAUGUCAGAGGAACGGCAUCAAAAAUGGUUACUUCCUUGAAAGAUCCUUUAAGUGAAUUGGAGUUAGACGAAACAGAAAAAUGUCUAAUGCUUGCAGUAAUAGUCUUCUGUGAAGAACUAUCAGAGCUUUCUCCCGAAGGAAAGGAACACAUUCAUCAACUUAAUAAUCGCUAUAUCCGUGUGUUACAAGAUCAUAUCCAACGGAAAGACUAUGGAAGUAAUUCUAUGACUCCCGCUCAAAUAGCAGUGCGAAUAACAAAACUUAUGAUUUUACUCUCAGCAACCACGAAUCUCGUCUAUCUCACUAGUGAUAAUAUACGUUUAAUGGAUGUUUUACACUUGGUGGAUUAUAGAUCUAUUCCCGAUGAUAUUUUCAAAAAUAGUUAUCGAAAUUUUUAA